AUGAACCCCGCAGCCAACAACUUCGCUCCGACCGGUCCUCAGCAGAAUGGCACAACCAGCCAGGUGAGCACUCCUUCCUCACUAUACCUGGAGGCACGGGUUCUCAAUCUGGAAGAGGGGCAUGCAAACUUGCUCGACGACGUCAACGGUCUCCGGGAACUGUACCGGGUUCUCUCCUUCUCCGUCGAAAAGCUGAAGAAAGAGGGCUGGCCAGUACAUGUUGACCCGUUUCAAGAGGUGGAUGCAAAGAUAUCACGCCAGAAUGCUGUACAGUUCCGGUCAGAGCUGGAGAGCCUCAAAAACGAGGUACAAGGAUCUGUGCACGGCGGCGCUGACGUGGAAAAGGCGAACGGUAUGACGACCUCCAAGAGGACUGGCAGUACGCCUCCCCAUCUGAGGGCUGCCAGUGUAACUAGCGGCGGUAAAAUAAAGAGUUCUCUUCCUCCACACUUGCGCGGCAAGAAGGUCGAGUCUAGCAAUAACCACAGUAUCAAGGAACAGCUCGCAGGAAUCCAAUCCAAGGACCGUUUCACCAGCAAUACCCAAACCAAUUCAUCGGCCAAGCGAAUUCAUAUGCCAGCCCCAAGCCCGCCUGCCUCACCAGAGACUAUUGUCCAGGACCAAGCGCUGUCUCUCGAACGCCUUUCCUUAGAACAGGCCUGGAAGCCCUACCAUCUAACAACCCUAGCCGCAUUUUCGGGACAAAUUCUCCCAGGCGAUACCGCCAUCACGUUUCAUCCUGACUUCCUCGCCAACACCUUAGGCGGAGCUUCUUGGUCACCUGGCCUACGCUUUAUCAAAGGCAAGGGCCCAUGUAUCCUCAAGAACCGCACGUACUACCAGCUAGAUCCGCGGAACGAACCGUAUCUUCCCGAGGCGCCUGGCAGCCAUGGUGCAAAGCUCACCGCGUUCUUCAAUAAGGCUCCGGAGGAGGAGUUUGCCGACCUACUCGAUGACGAUUCCAAUUCGUACGAGGGUGUACCAAUGUUUGUUCUUGUGGGCAAACGCUACAUGUACUACGGAAACUAUUCCCAGACGCGCUGGUCUGAUAAGUUGGACUAUGACACCAUGACAGCUAGGGUACCUCAGCACGUCAAGAAUUACUGGGCUGAAGAGCUCACAUCGGCAACGCGCGAGGAGUGGGUUACCGAAGAGCUCAAAAAUCAUUUCUUUCGCAAGCCCGAGUACGAUGGUCGUCUCUUUGCUGCACCCGAUCAGGAAACCACUGUUGACACCGAGAAAGAGAUUGAGUGCACAGAGAAGAUGACUAGGGAUGUGCGCAAGUACGCUGAGAAACUUCGCGAGUGGGAGAGGGAGGCCAACAUGAAGACUGCCAUGAUCAAGAAGCAGUCUAUCCUUGAAGCUUUCGACGCGUCUGAUAUGGAUGAGGCGCCUGCGCUUCGCCUCUGGUGGGAAUACCUCGAGUGUGUGGACUGGAGGAAGGACUUCUACGACCUCCUCGUCACACUUCAGAAGUGCUCUUCCGGGAGCUACCUACAGUAG